AUGGACGGCAACAUACGUAUUUGGUACGCGGAGGGGCGCGCCUCUGAACCUCUGCUGUACGACGAGGUCAGAGAGGCGGCGGGCGACGUCGAUGAACCUUUUGCCCGCUUCCUAAUCUCUCGCUGUAUGCGUCUGGGCCAUCAACCCCUGCCCAUCGAGCUUCAAUACUUGUCUGGCGGUCCUCAUCUUGGCCAAUGGUUGUUGAGGUGCAAAUACAAUCAUCCCGCCGAUGCCUUCGGGGAAGGUGAACUGAACGAGCCUGUCUCCACGGCGUUGAGCUACUCCGAGCGCUCGCGACUUGAGGAGUACCGUGAAUCGCUGCAUCUCACCCGCGACCGCCCCGUUACCCCUCGCAAGCCCGGACGCAACACUUCCAUCAAAUCGACUCGCAAGCCUUCGGACAAAGUUACAUCUACGCGCAAGCCCCGCCGCAAGAAGUCCUGCCCCGUAGUGAAGAUGUUGCUUGGGGAUUGCCCGGCGUCUCCUUCCGCUUCGGCUUGGCGGACUGCGCGCUUGCAAGACCACCGUAAUGCUAGUACGCCAACCAAGGCCCGACGCCCCUCCUCCAGCGCAUCUCUACAGAGGUCCAGCUCACCUAUCCUGAUUUCAUCCGACGAGGACGGCUACGGUCUCCCGCCAUCGUCGCCGCCGAGCUCGCGCUUCUCGCGCAACUCUUCACCCGGACCUUCUGCUCUUCCUCCGCGCUCUUCUUCGCCUAUCAACAUCAGCAGUGACGAAGGAGAAGACCAUGAAUUCGAGUCGUCCGGCCGUAUCUUCAUCUGGUUGUUCCGCGAGAAUAAUACGGAUCCGGAGUUGAUCGUCUUACCCCGCUUCAAGGGCGUCCCAUACGUAGAGAUGGCGCACUACUGGAUUCAAUGGCAACAACGCGAAAUGAAGUUCACCGACGACGUGCGAGUCCUGAAGGUCCGACGCGCUCCGGAGCACGACGAAUGGGAACAAUGCAAGCUCGGCUCACUCGCUGUACGCCAAGGGACUACUGAUCUUGUCUUGUCUCUCGCCCGUGUGAAGUCGUGGAACAAAUCUUUAGAGAACGCGCGCGAACACGCGUACGACGGCAAAAUUACGUUUUGA